CUGACGAAGAAGGAAUCCUACUGGGGUGUUGGAGGCCGGGGCCCUCGGGGCGGGGGAACACUUGGCGGGCGGCUCUUGCACUGCUGCCAGUGCUCAGUUGCCGCGCCAGGCCUGCUUGGUCUCCCCUUUCUGUCACCCCCUCCUCCCGCGCGCGUCCCGGCUCGGAUCAGGCCCCAGCCGUCCCCGUCGCCACCACCGACGACGACGACACCUCCUCCUCCUCCUCCCACUCCAUGGCCGCCGCUUACCCGGCUGCCGUCGCUGCUGCUGCCGCCGUCGCCGCUGCUGCAUUGUGGGAAGCGGUGAGCCGGAUCCACCUCACUCGCCGCCGCCGCCGCCGCCCAAACUGACUCCUGCUUCAGCCAUCGCCAUGGGGGCAGUAACCGACGAUGAAGUUAUUCGCAAACGACUGUUGAUCGAUGGAGAUGGUGCAGGUGACGACAGACGAAUUAAUUUGUUGGUGAAGAGUUUCAUCAAGUGGUGUAACUCUGGAUCUCAAGAAGAAGGUUACACCCAAUACCAGCGCAUGUUGAGUACUCUGUCACAAUGUGAAUUUUCAAUGGGAAAAACCUUGCUUGUAUAUGAUAUGAAUCUCAGAGAAAUGGAGAACUAUGAAAAAAUCUACAAACAUAUAGAAAAUAGCAUAGCUGCAGCACAUGAGAAAAUUGCAGAAUGCAAAAAGCAAAUUCUUCAAGCAAAAAGAAUACGAAAAAAUCGCCAAGAAUAUGAUGCUUUGGCUAAAGUAAUACAGCAUCAUCCAGAUAGGCAUGAAACACUGAAGCAAUUAGAAGCUCUGGGAAAAGAACUUCAACACCUUUCCCAUAUCAAAGAAAAUGUAGAAGACAAACUGGAGUUGAGACGAAAGCAGUUCCAUGUUCUUCUGAGCACUAUCCAUGAACUUCAGCAAACACUGGAAAAUGAUGAGAAGCUUUCAGAAGCAGAAGAAGCCUCAGACAGUGCAAUGGAACCAGAGAAUAAAUAGAUGAGUCCUGGACAUAUCUCAGAAGCCAGGACUCCCCCCCCCUCCCUGCAGCUGAUGAAUCCUUUCUCUUUUUUGCAUCUGAGAAACUAAAUUAUGUUUCCAUUGGAGUGAAUUUGUCUUAAUGUUUGAAAUACUAUUUUAUCUUUUUAUACAAUAAAGAGAAUGACACAAUAA